AUGAAAGCAGCUAUCAUUUCUGGAUCCUUCGAACCUUAUCAAUUAGCGGAAAUUAAAGAUAUUCCUCAACCAAAAUUAAAAGAAAAUGAAAUAUUAAUCAAAGCAGUAGCUUUUGCAAUAAACCCAACUGAUUGGAAACACAUUGUUUAUCAAUUGGGCAGCCCAGGUGAUGUUGUUGGUUGCGAUGUUAGUGGGACCAUUGAAGAAGUGGGUUCUCAAGUAACUGGGUUUGCAAAAGGUGACACUGUAAGUGCUUUUAUAACUGGUAAUAGAUCACCUCGCACUGGAGCUUUUGCAGAAUAUGUAGCUGUUGAUCCUGCUACUUUGAUAAAGUACAAUAAGAAUUUUGAACAUUUGACUAAUUUACAAGUAUCUGAAAUCCACUCAUUUGAAGGGGCAGCAAGUAUUAAUUUAGGUUUGGUUACCGUUGGGCUUUCAUUUUCUCAUUACUUACAAAUUGACAACAAAAAGCAACCUGGGGAUAGUAUUUUGAUUUGGGGAGGAGCAACUGCAACUGGAGUUCUAGCCAUUCAGGUUGCCAAACUAGUGUAUAACCUCAAAGUGAUCACCACAGCAUCACCCAAAAACCACACCCUCUUGAAACAAUUAGGGGCAGAUUAUGUUUUCGAUUAUGGAGACGCUGAUGUUGUCAAUAAAAUUAAGAAUAUUGGCCAAAUUAAAUUUGCUCUUGAUACGAUUGCAACACCAGAAACGUUUCAAAAAGUUUACGACUCAACAGAGGGGUCUCAAGAAGUAUUUAUUGAUUCCUUAGCAGGUUUAGACUAUCGAUCAAUCGCUGCCAAUGAUUCCAGAGGAGAUCAAGUACAUUGGGGGCACACUAUUGCUUGUUUGGCAUCUUUAAAAGAGAAAACUGUGUUUAAUGAAAAUUAUGUUCAAACACCUGAAUUGUUAGAUGAUUUUACUCAGUGGUGGCAAAAGGUGGUCCCUCAAAUAAUUGAUCGUAUUAAACAUACAAAUUUAAAGUUAUUAAAUGAAGGAUUAGACUCCGUAAGUGAAGGGUUAGAAUUGUCUAGAAAUAAUAAACUCUCUGCUGAAAAGGUUGUAUUUAGAGUUCUGGGUCUGUGA